CAGCAUGUCGCGGUUGAAAAGGAGAAACCAGGCUCUCGACAUCUUGUUGAUUUCCAGAUUGACACAGCUAUUACAGUCGAAUAUUCCGGCUGAUUAGCCUGUCACGAUGCGCUCAUUCGCUUUCCUUCUGGCCUUACAGGUGGCAGCUGCAGCCACGAUUACUGUUGACAGCUUCCAAAGCGGUAAUUCUGGAACAAAUGCGAUCGAUCUGAACAACGCGACUUUCUGGCAUUCUCAAUACCAGCCAGCAGUCGCUCUUCCUCACGUGGCCACGCUCGACUUGGGCAUCGCUACCUGGAUCAACGGUUUCACAUAUCUGCCCCGGCAAGACGUCCGACCUGAUUGCACCACUUGCAAGCUCAAUGGAAACAUUGGGCGUCAUGACAUUCAGAUCAGCGUCGACAAUGCUAGAUGGACGACGGUCGUUUCCCAAACUACAUACGCCGACACUGCUGCGUUGAAGACGGAGACAUUCGCCGCAGUCAAUGCUCGAUACGUCCGCAUUACCGCAUUCACAGAAGCCGGGAACCGCGGCCCGUGGACUAGCGCUGCAGAGCUCGGUGUGUUACUGAGAGGUAAUACGGUCAGUAGUGCCGGCAGUAGCAGCAGCAGCAUCCGUACCAGCAGCAGCAGCCCGAGCCCCACUAUUCUAGCCUCAAGCAGUUCCGUCUCGCCUGAUACAGCCCCAGCGAGAACGAUCUCGGCAACAGUUAGAUCAAUUGCUGUCAACUGUGCUCAAUCAGGUUCUGAGGGAUCCAAAGCAAUCGAUGGCGAUAGAGGGACCAUCUGGCACAGUCAGUGGAGUCCAGAGAUCAGACUGCCCCACAAUGCCGUCCUCGAUCUGGGAACGACUCAACAGGUGACUGGGAUUACUUAUCUACCUCGUCAAGAUGUUCCGACGGGUGGAAAAAUAAACGGAAACUUCGGUUCCCACACGAUCGAGACGAGUACCGAUAAUCUCAACUGGAUCGUCGCUGCAAGAAGUACCUUCGUAGACGAUGCUACUCUCAAAAGAGAGACCUUCCCUGCCGUCUCCGCUCGCUACGUCAGAGUCACUGUGUUGACAGAAGCCGGUAAUCGCGGACAGUGGGCCAGUGCUGCCGAGCUUGGAGUUUUGGUUGUGUCCAAUGCGGUAGUCGAUUUUUCAAGCACUGGAAAGUGGAGUUCUGUUAUUCAACUACCUCUGGUGGCUGCUGGAGCGUUCAUGAUUCCUGAAAGCGGAAAAGUUCUGAUCUUCUCCGCUUCUGGCCGUACCGACUUUGAAUCUGCCAAAGGAUACACACAGACCUCCACCUACGACCCAAAAACCGGAGCUGUGACAGAGCGCGAGGUGCGAAAUACCGGACACGAUAUGUUCUGCCCCGGCCUGUCCCUGGAUUUUAAUGGCCGCGCAAUAGUCACUGGUGGAAACGACAACUUCCCGACCAGCAUCUACACACCAUUGACAGACGUCUGGACCAGAGCAGCUGACAUGAAGCUCAAGCGUGGCUAUCAAUCUUCGACGACUCUCUCUAAUGGCCAGGUCUUCCAGAUCGGAGGCUCUUGGGUACCUGGAGCACUGCGCGGCGGCAAGAACGGAGAGAUCUACAACCCGGCCACCAACACCUGGACUCUAUUGCCCGGUUGCCCUGUCGCGCCGAUGUUGACGAAUGACGCCCAAGGAAUCUUCAGAUCAGAUAACCAUGGCUGGCUGUUUGCAUGGAAGGAUGCUACCGUGUUUCAAGCCGGCCCGAGCAGGGCCAUGAAUUGGUAUGGCACGUCUGGGAGCGGUAGCCAGACUGGAGUAGGAAACAGAGCAGCGGACGCGGACUCAAUGUGUGGCACUGCGGUCAUGUACGAUGCUCUCAAUGGCAAGAUUUUCACCGCUGGCGGCUCGCCAAACUACGAACUAUCAGAUGCCACCACCAACGUCCAUCUCAUCACUAUCGGCAAUCCUGGAAGCGCACCUUCAGUCACCAAGACCACUUCGAUGACGUACGCAAGAGCGUUCCACAACAGUGUGGUUCUGCCCGAUGGUAAAAUCUUCACCACUGGCGGUCAGUCCUACUCUCGACCUUUCUCCGACGCAACCGCCAUCAUGCAGCCUGAGAUGUGGGAUCCAGAGUCUCAGAACUUUACCAUUCUUCCGAGCCACGAGAUUCCUCGCACUUAUCACAGCAUUGCCCUACUCCUCCUUGACGGGACAGUUUUCACCGGCGGUGGUGGACUGUGUGGAGGAUGUAGAACCAAUCAUCUCGACGCUGAAAUCUUCAGCCCUGGGUACUUAUUCAAUCCAAAUGGCACUGCAGCAAGACGGCCGGUCAUCAGCACCCUGUCGGCCUCCACAACUGCCGUUGGUUCAAGCCUGACAGUAACGACCGAUACGGCUGUCACGAAGUUCUCGCUCGUCCGCUACGGAUCUACUACACACACAGUCAAUACAGACCAACGUCGUAUUCCUCUUGACGCUGUGUCUGGCACUGGAAACACAUACACUGUAACCAUUCCGCGAGACCCGGGGAUUGCGCUGCCAGGUUACUGGAUGUUGUUUGCGCUCAACUCGGCAGGCGUACCUAGUGUCGCCAAGACGGUCAAGAUUACUCUAUGAUCUUCACCUACCCGCUACAGGAUGCUACUCAUCAUAUCAAAGCUUUCAGUUACUGCAAGCUGCGUCUGUUUAGGUAUUUUCUACAUAAUUUUACUAGGUCUACCUAUCCUUAUUGCUGUGAUACUUUAUGUAACGUACCUGACGCGUGAGUUGCCCAGACGGGUGAGUCGCCCACUCUGCCAAGGCUCCACCAAAACGCGACCCUAUUUUGGCACACAACACCCCAUUAUAGGCCUGCAAAUAGUAAUUUAACAUGUUACAGUAACGUACCUCAC